AUGCAAGGUUUAUUCAGAUACAAAAGGCUCGUGUUUGGAAUAUCGUGUGCUCCGGAGAUGUUUCAGAAAGUUCUUGAACAAAUCUUAUCGGACUGUGGGAAUGUCAUCAAUUUCAUCGACGAUAUAGUCAUAGCAGGAAAAACGGAGCAAGAGCACGAUGCUUCGCUGAAGCAGGUUCUUGAUAAGUUGCGAUCCUACGGUGUUCUCCUGAACCAAUCAAAAUGCGUUUUCAAAUUGACUGCAAUAGAUUUUCUGGGUCAUCGCUUUGAUAGAAACGGCAUGACUCCUUCACAAGACAAAAUUAAAGCUAUCGAAAACUUCAGAACUCCAACCAAUUCUGAGGAAGUUCGCAGUUUUCUUGGCUUAGUAAAUUACGUAGGGGCUUUCAUUCCGGACUUGGCUACGAAGUCGUUUCCACUCCGGGAGCUCACCAAGAACAAAACUGAAUUUAAAUGGGGUGUCGAAGAGCAGGCAGCAUUCGAUCAUCUCGUACGAGCCAUAGGAAGUGUAGAAAGCUUGUCCCAUUUUGAUCCAAAGUUGAAAACAAGAGUUGUUGCGGAUGCCUCCCCGGUUGGGUUGGGAGCAGUUCUCCUACAAUUUUAUGAAGGAGAACCGAGAGUUGUUUCUUUCGCUAGUAAAAGCCUCACUGACACCGAACGUCGAUAUGCUCAGACAGAGAAGGAGGCUCUGGCACUGGUGUGGGCAGUAGAGAGGUUUCAAAUCUACCUCAUCGGUGUUCGGUUUGAGCUAGAGACUGACCACAAGCCCUUAGAAGCUAUAUUCUCACCUGAUUCAUCGCCGUGUCUUCGAAUUGAACGUUGGGUUCUGAGACUUCAGUCAUUCAACUACGAAGUUGUGUACCGCAAAGGCAAAUCGAAUAUUGCCGAUCCAUUGUCACGCCUUUCGCAAUCAUCAGAAGCGGUAUCAUUUGACCCAGAUUCCGAGGUCUACGUUCGUAGUGUCCUAGAACUGGCUGCUAUCGACCUGAAUGAACUUGAAACAGCAUCUUCCAACGACCCAGAGCUAACUCAAUUGCGAGAGUGUUUGGAUCGUGGGGUGUGGAAUCAUACAUCUGAGGCAAUCAAGCCAUAUCACGCCUUUCGGAACGAGCUUGGAAAAGUAGGAGACCUCGUAGUCAGAGGAUCAAGAUUAGUGAUUCCACGAGACUUGAGGCAACGCAUAUUGCAAUUGGGACAUGAGGGUCACCCAGGUCGUACUAAGAUGCAGCAGCGUCUGAGGCAUACCUGUUGGUGGCCAGGAAUGGACGAGGCUAUAAUUCGCACAGUGGAUUCGUGCACAGGUUGCCAGCUGGUAAGCCUGCCAAAUCGCCCUGAGCCUAUGGAACGGAGGAAGUUGCCGGUUACGCCGUGGACGGAUAUUGCCAUUGAUUUUAUGGGUCCGUUACCUUCGGGAGACUACUUAUUAGUUAUCGUGGAUUAUUUUAGCCGUUAUAAAGAAAUCGAAGUUCUUCGGAAGAUAACGGCAAAUGAAACGGCUGAGCGCCUGGAACGCAUUUUUGUUCGGCUUGGGUAUCCUCAAACUAUCACCCUGGAUAACGGUCGCCAGUUCGUUAGCGAUGAGUUUGAUACAUAUUGUAAGCGUAAAGGUAUACACCUUAACAAGACCACCCCGUAUUGGCCUCAAGAGAACGGUUUGGUUGAGCGCCAAAACCGGUCACUUAUCAAAAGGCUCAAGAUCAGCCAGGCUCUGAAGCGCGAUUGGAAGCAUGAUAUGCUUACUUACCUAUUGAUGUACUACUCAACACCUCAUAGUACCACCGGAAAGACCCCAAGCGAGCUAAUGUACGGGCGAAACAUUCGGACAAAAAUACCUACCUUGCAAGACGUGAGCACUGCUGUACCGCUUACUGACUAUAGAGAUCAAGAUCAAGUUGCGAAGGAGAAGGGGAAGGAGAGAGAAAAUGAACGACGUAGGGCGAAACCGUCGAACAUUAAAGUCGGAGAUAAGGUGUUUGUAAAGAAUGUUCUUCACGGUAAUAAGCUGACUCCAACGUUCAAUCCUGCCAUUAUGACAGUGGAGGCUAAGCAGGGCCCUAGAGUAACAGUCCGCAAUCAGGAAACAGGAAAAGUUUACGAUAGAAAUUCUAGCCACCUGAAAAAAGUAGUUCUUCCAGAAGUUCUCGUUUCUAAUAGAAGAUCCGGGCAGGCUACAACAGAGCCUUCGAUUCCGGAUAAUGUCGAGCAGUCUGAUGAUUUACCGAUUGAUGGACCGCAGAAGCCAGAGGAGACAGCUAACGCUGAAGCAGCUGCUGUCAUGCAGCAGUCAGGAUCCGAAGACGAUUCUGCCAAUCGUGGUAGAUCUCAACGCACUAUCAGGUUGCCGAGGCGUUACAAUGAAUGUUUUAUGAAAUAUUAAUUGUUAUAAAAAAGACGGGUGGGUAAUGUCGGGGACAUAACCGGAGUGACGUAGGACUAUACAAAGGGGACAGCUUUUGUUAAAUAUAUAUUUUAAAUAUAUU